AUGGAGUGGAAUGCCACACACACACAACACACACACAACGCACCCCACCUCGCCGCCCACUCCCGCCCUCCUCCCCAGUCCAGGAAACCGCGGGCCUCGCCGCCUUCGCCCCGGGCCUGUCCUUCCCAGGACUCACCGAGGAGCCGCCGCCGCCUCGCCAGCUCCGGAGCGCGAGUUGGCGGAAAAGUUGGGCAGCGGGAAGAGCGGCGGGACGAGCGUAGGGAGGGGGCGCAGAAGCAGACGCGGGCGGAGGGAAGGGAGGAGAGACCCAAGGGGGGCGCGGAUCGCCCGGGAGGGAGCCGGGAGGUGGAGGAGGCGGGCGGCGAGCGGAGGGAGGCGCCGGUCCCGGCUGGGCUGCGGUGGGCAAAGCGCGCAGCCGGGAGGCUCCGGCGCCGGGGGCCGCUCGGGACGCCAAGCCAGCUCCGGAUCCGGGGGCGCCGCGACUCUUACCUCGCUCGGCGUGGAGGUUUCGCCUCUGGAGAGUCCGCCGUGGCUUGCGCGAGCGGGCGUGUGCCCGCGUCCCCGGCUCCGGCCCGCCGCCCCCGGGCUCUUUUCGGGUCCUGGCGGGGUCGCGAGAGCUCCGCGGCCGGCGCUCGACUCCCGGCGGCGCUCGGUGCUCGGCGCCUCCAGCCCGGGCGGGAACAAUGGAGCCGGAGCUGGUGCCCCGGAGGCGGGGCGGGGGGAGGGCUCCCGUCCGCCGCCCGGGGUCUCCAGACCUUGUGCCCCUCUUUUCCAGACCGCGGCGGCGGCGUCUCACGCUCCUUGCAAACCGGGCUCCAUCGCUCCGCGGAGGCCCCGGCGCCGCGGCGUGCCCGACUGCAGCACGGGUACCGUGCGCUCUGUGGGGCGCCCCGAGCUCGGACCGGAGAAAAGUCCUCGGGUUCCGCGGCUUUUCGAGCAGCUGCGCGCUCGCGGCCGGGGAAGGCGAGGUCGCCGCAAUGCGCUACGCGGAUUCUCGGUCCCGUCCGGACGUGGCCCUGCUGCCGGCACAGCCCGGGUUCCUCCGCGCGCUGCGGCUGCACCGGCGUCCCAGCUCCCGCUCACUGCCGCCCGCCGCCGAGGACGCCGCGCCUGUGGCCAAAGGAGCGCUCCGAGCGCUGUGCGCCGGCGAGGCGCGAGGGCUCGCCCUCUCACUCCCACCGGCGCUGGUCCCUCCUCCGCCUCCGCCCCCUGCCGCUGCCUGCUGGGCCUUGUAGUUCCCCAGCCGCGGCCCCAGAGGAGGGGGAGCCGGCCGAGCGGGCCGAGCUGUCCGGCGCUCUGCCCUUCUCUUCCUGCAGCCUGUUCUCCUUUGGCGCUUGCGCCCCUGCAUCUGAGCGCGUCCCAGAGGGCGCCGGAAUGUCAGGCCCUAGACAUAGCAGCAGUUUGGGGCGGGUGUGGGGGACAGGUGAAGAGACGCCGCAGCUUUGAGAUUGUACUUGGUAGCGUGGACUUUGGAGUCUGUGCACCUUGGGGAAUGAUUUUCGCGUUCUAAAUCUCGGUUUUCCCAUCUGUGAAAGGGGGAUAAUAGUGCUUUUUCGUAUAGAGUCGAGAGGUCAACGAGGGCCUGGCGCAUAGUUAACACUUAGUAAAUACAAGCUGGUUUUAUUAUGAGAAGGUCAGCCCCUCCUCAAACCCUUCCAUUGGAUCUCCGCUUUCCCCAGCCACAUAAUUUAGGUUUUGUGCUCCACCGGGAACUGGACCCUGUAAAUUCUACAGCAAUGUUGUUGGUCUUCAGAAGUCUCCAGCCUGAAGUGAACGUCUAGGAAGCAAAGAAAAGAGAAUGAUCUAAAUGCUUGUUUGGUGUUGAGGCACAUGGGUCUGCUGCUGAAAAAUCCUCUAUAGAUUCAUCGAGAAGCCAAAAUGAAAGCAAGUGGCCAACUUGCCAGGGUUCCCUUCUCCACUU